AUGACGAAGGCAAAUCACGACGAUGACAACGGCAACGAUGACAACGGCAACGAUAGCAACGACAACGACAACGGCAACGAUGGCAACGGCAACGAUGGCAAUAGCAACGACCACGAUGGCAAUAGCAACGACAACGACAACGACAACGACAACAUCAACAGCAACAGCAACAACAACAUUCAAGCACCUGCUACUGCGAAUUUAGACACUCUUUACUUCAAUGUGACUCCUUUCAGAGACGUUAGAGCUGCUUCCUCAUUUUUCUCUCUUCCCUUCAGUAAAGAGCUUGCAUUCGACUUAAAAUUGGACCUAGAUGAAGAUAGAGAGCAGUUCAAACAUGAUAUAAUCUCCACUGGACUAAUAAACUAUGACCAAGCAAUUCAAAUGGUGGGCUUAUUUGCCAAGUACUAUGGUCGUUGGGUUUCCUUCGCUUCCGAUAAACCUCCAAAAGAGUUGCUAGAUUCUAUAAGACUAGAUAGUCCGUUACUAUUGGCCGUCUGCUGCUUAAUGGGCUCAAUCCAUUAUGUAGAGGAAUUAAAUGUCAAAUCGAAAGAUCUUGCAAUGGAUAUCUUGAAAGAGAUAGAUACGCUGCUUUCCAUGACCGUUAAUCGAGUGCCUCAAAGGAAACAACUUUUACAAUCCUUGGUUAUACUAUCUUCUUUCAGUCUUUCUUUAUCCUAUAAGGACGUUUACUUUGACGGCUGGUACCUUUCUGGCUAUGCUUUGCUACACUUCAUCACCAGAGAGAUGGAUUUGAACCUUUUAUCUGACAGGUUUAGAACCCAUCCAGAUAGAAUCAACAAUUUCCGACUAUGGAAUCAUCUUUCGUUGACCCAUCUUACGUUUUGCGUUCUUUCUGGAAGACCGUGCUUGAUAGACACUUUAAGAAUCGAUCAAUGCCGCGAGAUUUUGGAUAUUCCAUCGGCCAUGAGUUUUGAUGGAAAGAUUGUAGCAGAGCUAUCGAUAAUUCUAUCUUUGUAUAACAGUCUUCAAUUCGAAGAACCUGUUGAGAUAUCCCUAAAAGAACUCGAGUCAACCUACAAUGACUGGAAGUAUUUAUGUGAACAAAAUCCUAUGGGAGAAUUUAUUCAGGUCAACUAUCGAUUCUCCAGAAUGAUGAUUUACAGAAGAAGCUUUUUGAAAGACUUUGGAAGAGAUAAAGGAUUCAUAUUUCAUAGUCCAUUGACAUUAGCAACCAAUGCGAAAGCAAGCGCGUCUGCAGACAAUGACGGGUCAUUCAACCUGGAAAACUCUAUCGGUACUGUACGCCCCAUGAUAAAGGAGUGUAUUGAGGUGAUCAAUUUGGCGUAUACUGGAGAUAGACAAGAACUUGUCAGAAGCGGUGAUACCAUUAAAUUUGAGAUCUUUUUUGCUACGAUAACUAUGAUCAAUAUGAUAAGACUUGGAUUUGGAAGCUCUCCGUGGGCUUCUAAAAAGAGACAAGCACAGGUGGAAGAAGCCAUUGCCAAAAGCAAAAAGAUAUGCGAAUGGCUCAACGAACAAAACAACUACUACAAUAGAUUUGUUGAAAGUUACUACAUUCUAAUAUGCAAAUUCAGCGAUCAUAUUCACGAACAAGAAUUAUAG